AUGCCACCCGUCCUCGGCCCGGCUCCCUCCCCUUCCUGCGCCCCGUCUCCGCCGCUCCUGCACCCCCGCGCCGCCGCGGGGGCGGGGUGCCUGCGGUUCGCCUCGUCGGCGGCGUCGGCCGGCGGCGGCGGGAAAGAGGCCGGUGUUCCUGCGAGGGAGAGCGUGGAGCUGCUGGGGAUCCCCGGGGUCGGGCCGCGGAACCUGCGGAAGCUCGUGGAUGGCGGGCUCCGGGAUCUCGCGCGCCUGAAGCAGCUGUACACUGAUAAGCCUGUGGGUGGGUCUGCUGAGAAGAUGGUUCAGUUUUUGCAAAGUUCUGUUGGAAUCAUUCAUAAGAGCCAUGCAGAGAGCAUAACAUCCUUCGUGAAAGACAGUGUUGUUGGGGAACUGAAAGACAAGAGUGAGGUACCUAUCAUGCAAGCAACCAGGGACAAGAGAAUCACCUUUUGUGUUGAGGGAAACAUCAGCGUGGGGAAGUCUACCUUCUUACAGAAAAUUGCCAAUGAGACAGUCGAACUCCGUGAUCUUGUUGAAAUUGUACCUGAGCCAGUGUCAAAAUGGCAGGAUGUUGGUCCUGAUCAUUUCAACAUUUUAGGUGCAUUUUACGCGGAGCCACAGAGAUAUGCCUAUACCUUCCAAAAUUAUGUGUUUGUAACAAGGAUCAUGCAAGAAAAGGAGUCCUGUGGAGGAAUAAAGCCGCUUAGAUUGGUGGAACGGAGCAUCUUCAGUGAUCGAAUGGUGUUUGUUCGUGCUGUUCAUGAAGCUAAUUGGUUGAAUGGAAUGGAACUCAGCAUUUAUGAUUCUUGGUUUGACCCUGUGUUGUCAUCUCUUCCUGGCCUCAUCCCUGAUGGAUUUAUCUAUCUUAGAGCUACCCCUGAUACUUGUCACAAGAGAAUGAUGCUUCGAAGUAGAGCUGAAGAAGGAAGUGUCACAUUGCAGUAUCUACGUGAUUUACAUGAGAAACAUGAAUGCUGGUUACUGCCUUCUGAACAUGGGAAUCACAGACUAUUGUCAGCAAGCCAGUUGCCAUGUAGCAUAGACAACUCCUUGCACCCUGACAUUAAAGAUAGAGUAUUUUAUCUAAAAGGGAGUCAUAUGCAUUCUAGUAUCCAGAAAGUUCCUGCUCUUGUACUGGAUUGCGAACCAAAUAUUGAUUUUAGCAGGGAUGUUGAAGCUAAAAGAAAGUAUGCUCUGCAAGUUGCAAAAUUUUUUGAGUUUGUGAAGAAACUGAAAGAAGCUUCACCAGAUCAAAACAUUGUCACAAAAGACAAGAAACAGCAAAUCUUGCUUCCUCACAGUGGGGGUCUCUUCCUCCAAGAUGGCAGCCCCUUAUCUGAAUCUAGUCUCAAACAACUGACUUUCUAG